AUGCCAUAUGGGGAUAAUAUCACCUCAAUCCUAAUGAUCACAAUAUGGAACCUUACUCUUGUCCAACAUAAUUAUUGCAAUGGAAACAAAUUCGAAAAGUCACUGCCCAACGACAAUAAACUUAACGAAAGGAGGAUUACAAACCAACUAUGUAUGUUCAGAGCGUCGCUACAGCUUAACGAAGACAAUCAUAUACAACAACAACUCGUUAGCAGCAACGUCAAGGGUGAAUACGAUGCCAAUACUGAAUUAGGCCUUGCAUGGACAAAUAGGAACCCUGAGAAGUCAUGUCAAUAUGUACUCCCGAACGAUCAAUGUAAUGGGAAAAAUAAUAAAACCUCUGUAUUUCAGGUGUCAAAAGCUGAUGCAUGUGAUGAAUCACGAGAGAAUUGCUAUGAUCUGCUCAUUUUAGUCGAAAAGAUAUCAAAAGAAUCUGACCGUUUACGCAUUCAGUGGUAUUAUGAUUAUCAAUAA